UACGAGCUUCACUCAGGUCUUCCUGGACUUCUGGAAACAAGUCAGGGAAACUUGCCUGAACUUGUCUACCAGCAGCUACAGUGCGUUAACUCAUUGGGCCUGUCACCGUGAAGACAUGUCACACAUCAUGGCGAGGGUGAAAUCCCUCUUGGCGAAGAAGAAGAGGAAGAAGAAGGGGGCCAUAGAUAGGGAACCUGUGACCCAGAGGGAGCUAGAGAAAUGCGGGUUAAGAGGGAUCACGUUGAGGGGCUACCAGCUGGACGGGGUGCAGUGGCUGAGCCAGUGUCUGCAGUCCCAGCAGGGAUGCAUCCUGGGAGAUGAGAUGGGUCUGGGUAAAACCUGUCAGACGAUCUCUCUGCUGGUGUACAUGUUAGGAGCUCUUGGUAGUGACGGCCCGUUUUUAGUCAUGAGCCCACUCUCUGUCCUGGAGUACUGGAAAGAAGAGUUGGAACGCCUCGCCCCCUCUCUGAUUGUGAUGGUUUACACGGGAGGCAAGAAGAGCCGAGCAAAGAUUCAGAAAGCAACAAAAACAGAGGACUUCCAUGUUCUUCUCACAACAUAUGAGCUGUGUCUCAAAGAUGCCUCAUUCCUGAAACGGUGGGAUUGGAGGGUGCUUGUGGUAGACGAAGCUCAUCGAUUAAAGAACCACAACUCAUUAUUGCACUCAAUCCUGACAAAGUUUUCAGUGGAUUUCAGAAUCCUGCUGACAGGAACGCCCAUUCAGAACAACCUGCAGGAGAUCUACUCCCUGCUGACCUUCAUUCAGCCCAGCAUCUUCAUCGCUAAGGAGAUAGAUCUCUUCGUCCAGACUUACUCAAAUGUACAACAUCACCCUGCUCUUGCUGCUCGGCUACAGUUUAUCCUGGAGCCUUUCCUACUUCGCAGAGUCAAGUCAGAGGUCGCUGUCGAACUGCCGAAGAAAACGGAGCUGCUGAUGUACCAUGGCAUGUCGGCGCUGCAGAAGAAAUGCUACAGAGCCUUUCUGCUGAAGGACCUGGGGGCUUUUGAAAACAAGGAAAAAGGAAAACGGAACCGGCUCAUGAACAUCUUGAUGAACCUGAGAAAGUGUGUGGACCACCCAUACCUGUUUAAUGGGCUGGAGCCUGAGCCUUUUGAGAUGGGAGAGCAUCUUAUCCAAGCCAGUGGGAAGCUUUGCCUCCUAGACAGCAUGCUGGCCUUCCUGCACACUGGAGGCCAUCAGAUCCUGUUGUUCUCUCAGAUGACCAGGAUGCUGGAUAUUCUUCAGGAUUACCUGGAGUACAGAGGUUACAGCUACGAACGUCUGGAUGGCUCUAUCCGAGGGGAAGAACGAAAUCUGGCAGUGAAGAACUUUAACGGAAAGGAAGUAUUUAUCUUCCUCCUCAGCACUAAAGCAGGGGGAGUGGGCCUGAACCUUACAGCUGCUGACACAGUAAUUUUCAUGGAUAGUGACUUCAACCCUCAAAACGACCUGCAGGCUGCGGCUCGCUGCCAUCGGAUUGGUCAGCACAGACCGGUGAAAGUGAUCCGCCUUCUGGCAAGACACACUGUGGAGGAACUAAUGUACUCUCGAGCCGUGUCUAAGCUGCACCUCACCACGGCUGUCAUUGAAGAUGGUCGCUUCUCUCUACUGGAGCAAGUUCAAUCAGACCCGGCAGGACUCGAGCUCAGUGAGAUCGUGAAGUUUGGGGUAGAUAAGCUUCUGUCGACAGAAGAGAGCUCUGUAGAGGAAGUGACACUCCUGAAGAAAAUCCUCGGUCCAACGCUUAACGGCAUGUGGGUGGAUGAUGAAGACUCCACUGCACUCAAAGAAGAUGAAGAGGAGGAGGAUUGCAGUGCCUUUGACCUUGACGGACAGAACCACAUGUACUACUAUGAGGGGAAAGACUACAGUAGGCCCACUAACCCCAGCGCUGAAGACCUCAGGAGGUUUGCACGUUUGAUGAGGCAGCACAAGGCUGAGUAUGAGAGAGCUGCGGAACAGGGACGAGCUCUGCGAGCCAGAACUGAGGCUUUACCCCCAACAAGGAAGAGGACAUUACGGAGUGAGGAUAAGCAGGAGACUGCAGCCAAGAGAGCCAGAAUUCAGGAGGAUAAGAAAAGAAGGGCAUGGUGGGAGUCGUGUGGCUACAGAUCACUGUGCCUGCAGUCUGUGGACAGUGAAGAAGAGGAGGAUGAGGAGGAUGAUGGCAGUUUGUGCUCCACAGACUCUGACAGCACGGCUAUCCACUAUGUUCUAGGGGAUGUUGCUCAUCCACAUGCUGCUCAGGGAGAUGCUAUCAUUGUCCACUGUGUUGAUGACUCAGGGUGGUGGGGGAGGGGAGGCUUGUUUACUGCUCUGGAGCUGAGAUCUGAUGAACCACGGAAGCAGUAUGAGUUGGCAGGCAAGAUGAAAGAUUUGGACAUUGGCAACGUUCUGCUCUUCCCCAUCGAUGACAAACAGUCCAGAUUGGACGGCCAGGAUCAAUUGGCCCUGAUAGUGUCACAGCAGAGAAACAAAGCCAACAACUUGUCUGGGAUCCGCCUGACGGCUCUGGACGAAGGUCUGAAGAAGAUUUAUGCUGCAGCCAAAAGAAACAAGGCAAGCGUUCAUCUCCCUCGCAUCGGUCACUCCACCAAAGGAUUCAACUGGUACGGCACGGAGCAACUCAUCCGGAAACACUUGGCCUCCAGGGGCAUCCCCACGUUCAUAUACUAUCACAGCAGUGCUUCUAAGAAAACUGCUACACCUCAGCCAUCCACCUCUGCCACCUCGACAUCGACAUCCUGCCCUGAACCACAGCUGUGUAACCCCAACAGGCUGACUAGUGAAACAGAAGCAGACACUCCUGGCCCCUCAGCUCCUGUUGGGAGCCCCGGCCCCACAGAUCUCCCCAGUUUCAUGUCGGGAGUCCAGGUGUUUUUCUACAACCUCCCUGCAUCAGAGAGAAAGAGGCUGGCCCGUUACCUUUUCACUUAUGAUGGUGAUGAGGCGGAUAUGAUGAGUCCAGAGGUCACCCACAUAGUUGCAGAGGUGGAGAAUAGCAUCCACUCAAAGGAGCUCCAGGAUCUGGUGCGUCAGUACACGCAGGCGCUCCCUGUGCAGAAGGCUUGGCUGGACUCGUGCUUCUCCAAACAACGAAGAGUCAACACUGAGCAGUUCACACAUCUGCUCAAAUAACACUAUGAUCCAGUGUUUCAUCACUUUUUAAUGAUCAAUUUGUCUAAAUCAUGAAUGAACUCGGUUCACUGCUUUAAAAUGUGUAAAUGCUUUAUAGUUACACAAACGUUUAUAACGAUUGAUGUAUAAAUGAAAGAAUCAGUAAAUAAAUAUACUGCUGUGCUACUGGUGCUAGGUUGGUUUGUGCUGACAUUUCUGCCAGGAUACAUCCAGUGUCUAGGAAAAUUAAUCAACUAUUGUUUGUGUAAUGAAUCCUCAGUUAUAAAUCCAGUGUGUGUGUGAGUGGCUAAACAUUGUCAUGGUUCAAUUUGAGGGACAUUAUAUAAUCUUCGAGUGACUUCUACUAACCCCACCUUUAUUCCCCCUCUGACCAUUUGACAUUUCACCUUACAUUUGAACAGGCCCAGAUCUAGACUGCUCAGAUAGGGGGGGCAUUUAGAAAUGUGGGGCGGGCACCUUUUCCCACAGAAGACUUAGUGUUGAGCGUAUUUUCCUAAUUUUAAGGAACUUGUCACGAUAGAAAAUUCAACCAAGCUGUGGUAUAAUAAUAAUUAUUUUAAUCAGAGAGAUGAGAUUACUGACUAUACCUCCUAUACCUUGAAUAAAUUAAAAAAAAAUUGUUUAAAAAAAAAACAAUUUUUGAAACUAACAAUUUAGUAGCACUUAAAUUGCACUUACUUAUAGCACUUUGUAGUUUUGCUUUAUUUUGAAGAAAUUGUACUUUUUUGAUUCUUGUUGUCCUGGGUCUGUACCCUCGGGGUCAAAUGCACUUAUUGUAAGUCAGCUAAAUGAAUUGUAAUGUGAAAUGUGCCCAUGUGUGAAAUUGUUCAAAGUAAGAAUUGUCAGUGGUGCUAGUGCUGCCCACACCUCUGAUAACCUUACUUCUCUAUUAAAAUCGUAACCUAUUCAUGUGCAGAUACAUUAGAAUCAUUUGAGUGCACUUCUAUGUACAGUGGUAAUGUUUUUAGAAAUUACAUAGAAGUACAUUAAACGUCAAUUAAUUGCGAA